GUAGUGGUGGUAGGUUUCGAGCCGCCUCUCUCGCUAACUCGUCGUCGUCCCACCGCCGCCGGAAACUUUCUGCCGCCGCCCUCGGAAGUCGUCGUCCGACGAAAUUUAACUGGAAAACCUCUUGGUAUUGCCGUAACCAGAGUACGUUUUUCCGCCCACUGGAGAGGAGGGGUGAUGAGGUCAUCAUCGCUAUUUACAGUGUCACAGUGGCAAGAACUUGAGCACCAAGCCUUGAUCUUCAAGUACAUCAUUGCAGGUCUUCCUGUUCCUCCUGAUCUGGUUCUCCCUAUCCAAAAGAGCUUUGAGAAUAUUUCUCAUCGGUUCUUCACCCACCCUUCUUUUAGCUCGUGUUCCCUAUAUGGGAAGAAGAUAGAUCCAGAGCCGGGGAGAUGCCGGAGGACAGAUGGGAAGAAAUGGAGGUGCUCCAAAGAGGCACACCCCGACUCCAAGUAUUGCGAGCGCCACAUGCAUCGUGGCCGCAACCGUUCAAGAAAGCCUGUGGAAUCAUCACUACAACCUACUAAUACCACAACAAGUAUGCACUCGUCUUCUUCAUCUUCCACCGCGACAUCAUUGUUCACGGUUGUCCCGGGUGGUGGCCAUUCUGGAAACUACCAGAAUAUUCCGUUGCAUCGCUUUGGCAAUAUUCAACCCGCAACUGCUUCUGUGAACUGCGAUCAGUCAACCUACAACGUGGAUUCGAUUCCGUUUGGGAUUCCGAGCAAGGAUUAUGGGUAUAUGCAAAUGCAAGGGCUGAAGCCAGAGUCGGUUGAGCACAGUUUCUUCUCGGCCGCUUCUGGAAGCAACAAGAACGUUCAGACGAGCUUGUUAGAAAACGGUAACACGUGGCCAGUAAUGCAAGGGAGCCUUCAGAACAGUUAUGACCAGAGCUCGUCCUUCUUCAACAUCGACUUUGCAUCGGGAGAAGCCACGAAACAUGACGGUCAAUCUCUCCGACCCUUCCUCGACGAAUGGCCCAAGGCCAGAGCCUCCUGGUCCGGCCUUGAAGACGAUAGAUCAAACCAGUAUACAACAACUACUCAGCUAUCCAUAUCUAUUCCCAUGGUUUCGUCUGGAUUCUCCUCUGCUAAUUCCCAUUCCCCGCAUGAUACAUAGGGCUGAGAACCGGGGGACGGGAUAAAGGACGAGGGAAGGUCUUGUGCACUCGUUCGUCGUGGAAAACGAAUGCUUGGGUUUAUGGAUUUCGUGUCGGUGCUACUUAUUUGUCGUCUGUAUUAAGAAUAAAAAGGCUGGAGAUGCAGAUACUGUCUGUAAGUUGUGAAAUCUACAACGCCAUUGUUAUGAAUCUGUUCUUCAACUCAGAAUGGUUAUUUUGAGUUAACACUGCUUUUACUUCGUUGCUGUUGGAUCCGAAACAUGUUCUCCUUAACGGUGCGUGGUUAUAAGCUCUC